CAUUGACGAGUAAAAUACUGUUGAAGCGAUGCUCUUUCUGAUGUCUCAAGUCAACGACCACCUCGAUGUCUCCAACAUGGCUCCGUUCGAAGGAACUCGAAAGAGAUUCACGGUGCAAAGGAAAGAUUCUGCUGAGUCAGUCGUGAGCGCAAAGCUUGAAAAUGGUCAAUUUUUCAACGGCUUUAUAUGCAUCUUGAAAUGGAUAUCUGCAGUUCUAAUUUUCUUGGCUGUAUUAUUCUGUAUUGUGACUAGCAAGCUUUGUUUGCUGGUUCUUGGGCAUCAGUUUAAAAGUGCACAAGAAACUAAAACGAACACUACAGCAGAGUAUUCUGCAGGGGCGAAUAAACAGGCGUUGGUGAUGAUGCUCGUGCUCGCUUUAGUGAUACCACAGGCGGCAUCUUUACUUUACGCCAUUUGGACAAGCCUGAGGAGAAAAAGCCGACCAUGGCCAACAAAACAAGGAUUUAUUAUCAUUUUGGUUUCCGGAGCCCUAGAAGCGAUUUCUCUUAAUUAUAUUGCCGUGGUGAUGGUGACUGUUCUACCAGUUAACACCGACGUAAUUGUGCUGCUUAUGUGCAGUUUAAGUGUGGCACCGGCGAUAUGGCAAGCGUUCAAAUCGCGAUCACAAUGGCAAACUUGUCAAGGGAAGUUGGAUGUUAUUAAGUUUUCUGCAGCUGCUAUCUCAGCCAUAACUGGCAUUGUCAUGCUCUCUAUAAAGGUACCCGACUUAUCUGGACAGAUUGGCAUUCCUGUAUCAUUUUUUCUCCUUUCCAUUGCUUGGUCACCGAAGCUUAGAAAACUCCAAAUACGAAGCAAACAACACAGUCAAUCGACGUUAAGAGAACACUAUGUUUCAGGCGUUUCUUUAAGCAACAAUGAUGAAGAGCGAGGAACUAGCAGGGGUCCUCCUGUUAAGAUAAAAACUGCCCGAGGAAAGGCGGCCAUUGUAUCUUCGUUUUGGAAACUUUUUCUCACACCUCUGAUUGCAAUGACGUUCGCCAAAAGUUACGAUAUUGUUGAGCUCGACAGCAUUUACGACACUUUUAAAGCCAUGACAACAAUGAAUCCAUCAACAACCUACUUCAUGCUUCAUAUUUUUGCGAGUUUCUUUGGUUAUCAUUUUGGUUGGCUGAGCUGUUCUCUUUGCAUGCAACGUAUUGGAUACGCUCUUCCGUUAACGCUGGCAACACCGAUUACUCUCCUCGUGAUGCAAGUCCAAAGGAUAUGUGAAAUAAGCACACUACCAUUACCUAGUGCAUCAACAGAUCUAGGCUACAUUCUUGGGGCAGGGUUCCUUCUGUGGUUCUCGCAGUUCAUUGCAACCACUUAUUACACAUGGAAGAGUCAAGGACAGAUCAUGGCAAAGGCAUCUGAUCUUCUAUGGAUUCCGUCUUACAAUGGUGUCUGCCUUGAACAGUACUUAUUAUUAAACAGACGAAAUCAGUCAUGUGACGAGGAACACAACAAACACAACGAGCUAUCAAACAAUAUCCAUGUGUUCAUAUGUACGACAAUGUACCACGAGGCUGACUACGAAAUGGAGCAACUCCUUCGCUCUAUACACGAUGUCGACAUAAACAGAACCAAAUCAGGAAGACAUUUUGAGUCACACGUGUUUUUCGAUGGAUGUAUCAGGGCAAACGUGCUUAACAGCUAUGUUUUGCAGCUGGUGUCAUUGGUGGAAAAGACGUUGGUUGUGAGUCUGACGGAUUGUAUCAAAAUGAAAACCCCAUACGGCAUGCAGCUAAGGUGGAAACUUCAGGGCGGAAUGGAUUUCACUAUUCAUCUUAAAGAUAAUGCUAAGGUGAAGAACAAGAAAAGAUGGAGCCAAGUAAUGUAUAUGUCCUACGUCCUCGACUUUCGACAAGAACUUCUCAGAGUGGAAGAUGACCAGUGCUUCAUCCUUACAACAGACGCUGAUGUUAAGUUUACCCAUUGGUCUGUUGAAGCGUUAAUUGACCAGAUCACUGAGGACCCCAAAACGGGUGCAGUGUGUGCUCGUACCCAUCCAUUGGGAGAUGGGCCUGUUGUUUGGUAUCAAAUAUUUGACUAUGCCAUCGGACACUGGUUUCAAAAGGUGGCCAAUCAUAUGCUUGGUUCGGUACUGUGUAGUCCCGGAUGUUUCAGUUUGUACAGGUGCCAGGCUGUACGAGAUGUUCUUCCUACAUAUUCUACCGGCGUGGACCACGCCUUUGAAUUUCUUACGAAAGACAUGGGUGAAGACCGCUGGAUGUGUACACUCAUGAUCCAAAGAGGCUGGCGACUGACAUAUUGCGCCGCAGCAGAAGACAGCACUUACUGCCCAGAGAGCUUUGACGAGUUUUACAAACAACGUAGACGAUGGACACCAUCCACUUUAGCCAAUCUUGUUCUGCUUGUCAGCGAGUGGAAACGGACACUGAAGAAUAACGAGCAUAUUUCUUUUCUAUUUAUUCUUUACCAAACGUUCCUCGUCUGCUCCACAGUUAUUGGACCCUCCACAGUCAUUCUGGUCAUAGUAGGUGGAAUGGUGUUCUCAGGGCUUGCUAUUAACGAGAUUACUACAGUGGCUCUCCUGAGCCUUUUGGUUCUUGCUUACAUCUUAGUCUGUUUAUUUGCGUCCCAAAACGUUCAACUCAAAGCGGCUAAGAUACUGACCUUUGUUUUUGCUGUGAUCAUGUGCAUUGUCAUCAUUGGCGUGGCUGUUCAAAUUUCAAAUGAGUUAAAAGAAAGGAGAGCUGAGCCCAUUUUAGGACCAACAUUAGAGCCAAACACAACAUUGUCACCUACACCGAAACCUUUAGAACACUAUCUGCCAGCUGGAGUCAGCACCCUGUACUUGGCUGGGUUGUCUAGCAUCUUUUUAGCCUCUGCUCUAUUGCAUCCGAAGGAAUUCACUUGUUUGUUACAUGGAAUUUGGUAUAUCCUCUGCUUACCUUCAGGUUAUCUUUUGCUAACGAUAUACUCGCUUUGCAAUUUAACCGACAGGUCCUGGGGAACACGAGAAGGAAAGUCCACAUCUUCAGACGGAGACGACUGGUACAGGCCAUUUUGGAAUUGUUUGAAGAGAGUUUGCAAAUGCUGCCAAUAUCAAGAAGAGUCAGAACAAAUCCGACCGAAACAUCACGGUACAAAAGAUGGAAGCAUCAUAGAAGGGAGAACCAAUAUCACAGUGGAACUUUCAAAUUCCUCAAGCAAGUUAACAAGACCAUCAGAUGCAAACGAGAACACAGGGGUGGUUCUUGAUACAGAGGAAAGUGUGUCUGAGAAAGACAAAACAAACGUUCCUCGCCUUUCAGUUAUGGAUACAUAUAGAGCAAAAGAUGGAGUGCCGAGCGCAAAAAGCGAGAAGAGAUCAGCAAACGGUUCACAGUUGGAGAGCCACAAACAGAGUUCAGUUUUUGAAGAUGAUUGUGUUCAAAAAGUAAGUGAGAUCUAUAGAGAUGUUAUGUAUUCUGCAGCUGAGAUCCCAAGAAAAAAACGAGCCAGAUCAUCAAAAAGUUCGCCGUCCAAUGUUGCUGCGAUGAAUGCUAAUGAAAAUUCCACGUUCCACAAACAGCCAUCCGGCCAAUCGUCUGAGCCUGCUACCACUUUAAAUAAAGAUAUCAAAGAUGAAGUCAUACCAUCAACUUCUAAUCCGCAGACAGGAAAUAAGGAAAAUAUCACAAACGAAAAUCGAAUCUCUGUCCAAGAAGCCUGGGCUGAUGAUUGUGAGGGAAAGAUGGCACCUAUUGACGAAGAAGAUAAUUUUGAAAGGAUGUCUAAGGAGUACGAUGUGUGCAAUCGUUCCAUUGAGGACUUUCCAACAUGCUUAAAUAAAACACAACCGUCUCAAGCCAGUCUCAAAACCAUUUCCGUCUCAAGAAAUCCAUCCAAACUUGUCCUCCCUGCUAUUCCACGAAGAACACCUUCAAAACCCACCGAGAAUCCGCAGAUCAAACAAACAUGCAUAGAGAAAAGCCAACACGAAAUCCCUGUGAUAUUUUCCACACAAAUUGAGUCGUCGCAAUCAAUUACUGUGGACAGCUCAGAAUAUCAAUUGGAGAUAAGUUCACGAUCGCAUACAUCUCAAGCCGAGCUUCCAGUUCCAACAGAAGGCGAAAUCAGUCGCCCUGGGUCAGCUCUCGAGAAAGUUUCUCACUCUGAUCCAAAUUCUCCAGUAGAGGACUGGAUACCUAACGAUUUGAAGGAUUAUGCUCCAAACUUCCGCAAAAAUGGAUAUGAAAAAGCAAAGUUUAUCGCUGGAAUGACCGACCAGGACCUUGAAAGGAUUGGUAUACAAAAUAUAGGACAUCGACAGAAACUAAUGAGAGAUAUCAAGAAUAUUCCGCGCAUUGAUAUCGAAGAGAACAUUCCGGAAAACGUCGAGGUUUGGUUACAAGAACAUGGUCUCGAAGAAUACUGGCCUUUGUUCAGAUCCAACGGAUAUGCAGAACCAAGCGACUUGGUGGAUUUAAAGAAGAUGAGCAAAGAGAAACUUAAGGAGACAUUGCUCAUCCGAAAACCGGGCCAUUUAAAUCGACUGAAAUCUCUCAUUAACAAAUUGCAAUAUCCUAAUCGAGGACAAAUGAAAAUUCGGCGCACAAGGAAUGAGCUGGAUCGUCUUCCGUUAAAGUUCUUGGAUGUGGAUAAUUCAGACGGAGGUGACGAGUACAACUUCUGGAAUGGUUUACGACAAGAGUGCCUUAUUCCUGAGAUGAGUGCGUUUGAUCAGACGUCCGAGCUUAAAGGAAAACUUGUAGAACUUAGAAAUACAACUCUGCUGGUUUUUGGCGUUAGUAAUGCCUUGUGGAUGAUUAUCAUUCUUGCAUUGGUCCGGCACAAGGAUCUCAAAAUCUUAGGUGUGGACAUCAUCGGACUUGGUUUUUUAACCAUUUAUGGAGGAAUAUUCGCUAUACAGUUUUUAGCUCUUUUGUGCCAUCGCUUUAAAACACUAAUUCAUAUUUUAGCGCGCGCACCUUGGAAGAUGAAUAGUACAAAAGUUGCUCCUGCUGAAUCUCCACGAAGUCAGCAAACAUCGUGAAUAUCGUUGAAACAUGAGUGAAUUGUGAAGCAGAAUCAAUGUUAUCAACUUCAAUUAGGGGCAACAAGCAGUUUUGUUUCAGCCACUUUCCCUCUUUGGUCGGGUAACAAUUAUAAAUGAAUAAAGCAGUUCUUUCCCGAUAAUGAACUAAAAAAAAACCGCGCAUUAUCUGUUUUAAUUUUCACUUAUCAGGUAAUUUUAUUUUGUAAUCAAGAGUCAAAAUAGAAUUCUAUGCAAGUUUUCACUCCUUCCUUGAGUGACAUUAAGAACACCCCACGAGUGUAGCUACUCACAUGUAUCCCCCCAAGGUUUUGGUUAUUACUUAUAACCAGUUUUGAAAUGACCGUAGCUCGAAAAUGUAUGUUGUGAUCAUAAUAAGAUGGAGCACGAUGUAGAGCGUCAGGAUCAAAAUAGAUUCAACUAAGAACUAGCUUGGCUAGGCGACAAACGAUUACUGAUGAGAACAUCACCUUUGAGGCGCAUGGAAAUUUUUUUUGCCCCCAUUGUAACUUAUCAGUCAAAAACCUUAAUCAAAUUCUAAUUGACAAUCCAAUCUCUUCGAUGAACAGAGGUUCACGGACAAAAUGUUGAUAACAACCUUUAUUCCAUUAAAUAGAACCACACCUACUUGAUACAUGUCUAUGUACAUUGUAUUUUGCACGGAAACAUUGUAACGUGGUUCCGGUUUCUGUGACAUUACAAGAAUAUUACUUCAAAUUCAAUGAACUAUAUACAGCACCUUGGCUUACUGUUAUUGGUGUGUUUUGGCGCGCUGUCACUAAUGUAUUUAGAUCCUCAUCGAUAUUGUUUCCUUAUAUGUCCGCUUUGCUACUGAUCGGCUGUUGUGCAUUUUGAUAAUAGGCAUUCGUACUUCAGGAAUUCUCUAUUGAUGUUUCUAGGAUGACGUCUUACGUAUUGAGGUGGCCUCUUUAACCACACGUGCAAACCAAUGAAAGUCAUGAUCAAUAAACCUAAAUCCCGAGCGGGCCUGAAUUUUUUUUUUUUUCAGGCCUUAUUUCAACUACUAGUUCAGUAGUGUUCAUAACUGCGAGGAUCGCUUCUAUAUUCGUUUCUUUAACCGUAGUGCACAUAUAUGAUUUUCAUAUAUUCACAAUCAUUACCAACGGGCAUAGUUGCAAACAGGAGCAUGUUAAGUGUUCCAUCCGCGUGUUCUGAAAGCGCUAAAUUACGAGUGCAAGUAAGCCAUUUUUAUUCAAAACAAACCUAAGAUCUGCAUGAUAAUACAUCAAAAUGGGAUUUGAUACUUAUAAAAAUUUAA